GGCAGCGCCCUGUGAUCCACCCGUGUUGUUGGACCGAUAAUGUGAACGGAGCAGUUUAAUACAUUUUCACCGCAUUAAAAAUCAGGUAAAGGCACUAAAUGCCACUUCUUUGUCAGGCUUUCUUGUCUUCAUUUCAGAGGAGGUAUGGCCGCUGCAGGAAAGCCAGUUAAAAAAGAAAUCAAAAAGUAUAUUCCAGUCAAGACCUCCUUCACUUCACCAUUCACUCCAAAAUGGAGCCCACUUCCACAAGAAGACAUGCAUUUCAUCCUGAAAACCCUAAAGGACAAGCUGGUUUCCACUGGUCUUGAGAAGAAAGAGGUGAAAGUGUUUCGCCCGUGGAGGAAAAAGAAAGACCAGAAACCUGCUGCCACAUCAGAACUUGUUCCCCAGGUGAGCCAGGAUGGACAGGUACAGGAUUCUCCCAAAAACGGCUGGACAGACGUGGCAGCUCGGAGGCAACUGGCCAUUGGCGUCAACGAGGUCACUAAAGCUCUGGAGAGGAACGAGCUCAAACUGUUGCUUGUGUGCAAGUCUGUGAAGCCGCCUCACAUGACGGAUCAUCUGAUAGCGCUGAGCGCAACGAGAGGUGUGCCGGCCUGCCAGGUGCCUCGUCUGAGCCAGAGCUUGUCGGAGCCGCUGGGCCUGAAAAGUGUCCUCGCUCUGGGAUUCAGACAGUGUGCCUCCAAAGAAGACGAGGUGUUCACUGACGCCGUUGAGGCCAUUGCACUCAGAGUGCCUUCAGUAGAUGUUGCAUGGCUACAAGGUGCAGCACCCAGAGUAACGCCUGAGGACCACGUUGACAUGGAAGAGGAGGAGGAAGUCGAGGAGAAGAAGGGCCAGAAAAGGAAACUUGAGAGUGAAUCUGAGGAAGUCACAGAGUCUGCUUCCUCCUGCACUCUGCAACCUCUCAAAGUGAAAAAAAUAGUUGCUAACCCUGCAAAGAAGAGUAAAAAGUCGAAGUCACAGCCAGUCAAAUAAAACAGAGACUCUGCCUGGAUAGUGAAAGGACCAAUCUUAUGUUUUUAAUAUCUAGCAUUUCACCUCCAGACUCUAAAGUUGGGAUCCACUGCUUUAGCUCAUUCACAUAAAACUACCUUAUCAGUUUUUAGUUUUGUGAAAGCAUUUUUUAAACAUGUUGGGCAGCCAUUUGUUUAUAAUUAUAUUUGCGAGGACUUGAAACUUGCUUGAGAUAGGUCCCUAAUUCAUUACAGUGAACUAGAGCUGAAACAUUAAAUUCUCUGGUUUCAGCUUCUCCAACAUGAUGAUUUUGAACGUUUAUUAAAUAUCUUUGAGGUUUUGGACUGUUGUACAUCAGACGUCCAUGGUUUAAUUUUCGUAAGGACUCUGGUAUGAUCCUUUAAAUUGACUGUUUUCUAGGUAACAUUUCUUUGGCCAGAAACUGAAAUCAAUCAAUUAAAUUGAUGUUUUUCUGAAUGAAACUAAACUGUGACAUUAUGUAUUUUUCCUGUUCUUUGGUAAUAUAACAAACAUUUCAGACCCCAGAGUUUAACAGUUCUCAUAGUUAAAAGUAAUCAACAUAAGGGAAAGUACUAACUUUGUAUUUCCACUGCCCCCGUCAUAAGAAGUGCAUUACUCAUGGACCUUUUUUAAAGUGAGUUUAUUCAAACAAAUAUCCAUGCUGGUAUAGCCGACGUGUGUGUUGAAACAGAUUGUUACUUGCAUGGGGGUCAUGUCUAAAUGAUGCUGGUACGAGUUCUUCAGCUUUUUCACAGCUUGCAAUGGAUUUGAAUAAAAAUAUUGUUCAGUUAGA